GCAAAUCAAAAUGGCGAGCCAAGAGGAGUCAGUGAGGGAGUUCGUCGCUGUUACUGAUGUGGACGAGGAGAGGGCCCGGUUUUUCCUGGAGUCCGCCGGCUGGAAUUUACAGCUUGCGCUCGCCAGUUUCUUUGAGGAUGGCGCUGAUGACGACAUCGUGACGCUUCCUCAGCCUGAGGGAGGCUCCUCAGUGUCCCGGUCUGCAGGGCCCAGCAGUCAGCCCAGAGUAACCUCCUUCAGAGAUCUGAUGCAUGAGGCAGAGGACGAGAGUGAUGAGGAGGAAGGCCAGAGGUUUUUUGCGGGGGGAUCAGAGCGCAGCGGGCAGCAGAUCGUCGGGCCUCCCAAGAAGAAGAGCUCCAAUGAAGUGGUGGAGGAUCUGUUCAAGGGGGCCAGAGAACAUGGAGCUGUGCCUUUGGACCGGACUGGGAGAGGACCAGGAGAACCCAGCAAAGCCAAGGCCUUCGUCGGUGGAGGUUACAGGCUAGGAGCAGCUCCCGAGGAGGAGUCGACCUACGUGGCUGGAGAGAGGCAUUCCUCCAACAGCCAGCAGGACGUCCAUGUGGUGCUGAAGCUGUGGAAGACGGGUUUCAGUCUGGACAACGGUGAACUCAGAAACUACAACGAUCCUGGAAACGCCAACUUCCUCGAGGCGAUCAGACGGGGGGAGAUUCCUCUGGAGCUGAGGCAGCGGUCUCGAGGCGGGCAGGUCAACCUGGACAUGGAGGACCACCGGGAUGAGGACUUCUCCAAACCCAAGUUGGCCUUCAAAGCCUUCGAAGGCGAAGGACAGAAGCUGGGAAGUGCCACUCCAGAGUUGGUUUCAGCUCCAGCCACCUCCCAGCAGGUCCAGGCGGCCAACGAGGCCCAGGCCAGCGCCUCGGUGACCGUCGACCCCUCGCAGCCCGUCACCAACAUUCAGAUCCGGCUGGCCGACGGCGGCAGGCUGGUCCAGAAGUUCAACCAUACCCACAGGGUGUCGGACCUGCGGCAGUUCGUGGUGGCCGCCCGGCCCGCCAUGGCCGCCAGAGAGUUCGUCCUCAUGACCACCUUCCCCAACAAGGAGCUGUCGGACGAGGGCCAGACGCUGCUGCAGGCCAACCUCCUGAACGCCGUCAUCGUCCAGCGACUACAGUGAGAGCGGGGGAGGCCGACCUCCUCCCCCCCGACUCCCCCCCUCUCCCCGGUGGUGAGGCUGAGCAACUGCAGCCCCGAGAAACCUGCUGCCCCUUCUGAGGGAGGAGAAAACACGGACUUAUGUAUGGACUUCUAAUUUCUGAUUUUUUGUUUUUCUAAAGUGAAAUGUAACGCUCUGCUCCCCUGCCCUCCCCUCCCCUCUCCCCCUCCCUCACCACUCUCACCCUCCCCGUCUGUGGCCUGUAGCAGACGGCAACGAGGGCUAAAAAGGAAACUAAAAACCUCCCAGAAUGGAACAGAGUUCUUUUAGGAGCCUCUCGGAAAGCCUGCGGAUGCUGCUUGAACAGCGGUUUUGCGAUGAGUCCAGGUCCAGCUUUCUGAGCGGCAGUUUGGUUGCAGAGAUGUUUCGCUAAAACCGCCUCUACUCUCCAUUAACCCGCUCCUUACGUCUAUUAAUCCGGCCCUUCAGCUACGUUUACGAUCAGGUUCUGUGGCUUCAGCAGAUCCACGCAGCGGCAGAUUCACACCUCGUUUCUGUCUCGACAGCACAAACCAUGAGAAAAAAAAGUACGUGUUGAUGGUGUGGUUUUGUACACGUUUUCCAUUUCUCCCCACAUGUUGUUAUUAUUCCUGGAGAGAGAGAAGUGUGACGACGUGACGAAACACUGGCUUUUCUUUUUUUCUCCAAACCAACUUAUACCAGUAGCCUUACUCUCCUUUGUCCACCUCCAGAACCAACACCUGCCCCCUUUUGUUCAGAUGAAGAUGGAGUUAUUUUUUUAAAAUGCCUUCUCCCCCGCCCCUCCACCACCUCUGUUUCUUUCUUUUUUUUUUUUUCCUUUUCAGAUUGUAGGCUUGUCCCCAGCUAGACAGUGGCAUUUUGAUAUCGUGUAACAUGACGACCAGUUACACACGGCUUUAUUACCAAACCAAUGGUUGAGCAACAGAACACAUAGAUUGUAAACACUGGUUUGUAGUUGUGGAAUCUGAAUUCCUCUGAUACACUGACAUCUUCUAUGCAUCCUGGGGCAACACAGAACUAUGUUUGGACCUCUGGUAAAAUAAAUCCAUUUUAUGGUUGAUGUAUAAAGAA